UCUCAGAUCUUCUGUACAACAACAACAUUCAGCCGCACAAUGCCCUAAACUAACACCAAACUCGGAUACCUGUCCACUGAGCCGCAAUCAGCAGGCAGAUAAUGUGAAAUAAAGUCAGGCAGAGACAAGAAAAAGCAUAGAGGAGGGGUUAGAUAAGGCACAGACAUUAAAAAAAAUACAUGGAUCAAAUGAAAAGAGAAAGUAAAGACCCCUGAAGCAAGCUUUAAAAAGCCUCACAGGAGGCGGCGAGACGGAGAGAAAAAAGUAUCUGCCAACAAGGAAAAGAAGAAGAACACUAACAAGGGAAUAACAACAGAGAAAGGAGUGACAGAGGCCCUGCCCCAUAGAUGCCUCAACCAUGAACCUGAGCUUGAUGUGUGCCUUGUUUCUGCUCCUGAGUAUUCAGUCUCAUCCAGCCGUGGGAGGCAGAGCUCAGCGCAGACAGAGACAAGCUGAGGAGAUUCUGAGGCCGUACAUCGGCAGAGUAGAGCCAGAAAAGCUUUGUGAGCUCCUAAAAUGCCACACUCCAGUGGGAUCUUGGUGCCAGGUUGUUCAAGAAAAUGGAAUCCGCAUCCCCAAGUGUGUUUGUCCUCAGUCCUGUCCACGGCAGAGGGCACCAGUGUGCAGCGUUCUGGGAAAGACCUAUAGGAACCAGUGUUUGCUUCACAAAGAGGCCUGCAGAAAGAGACGCAGCACUGGACUGGCUCACACAGGACCCUGCCUGGUCCCCAAGGCUAAAUGCACUGAGGAGGAGUUAGGCCAGUUUCCAUACCGUCUCCUGGACUGGUUCCUGCUCCUGAGUCGAAUGGGGGCGUCGUAUCCACCUUCUGCUCCGCCCCAGAGCUGCCUCAGCCACACCCAGAGGACACAGCUGGCUCAGCAAAGAUUUACUUUAUUGGACAAGAACAAAGAUGGCAAGUUGAGCCGCAGGGACCUGAAGAAGCUGCAUUAUAAGAGGAUGCCUCUGGAACACUGUGCUGCACCAUUCUUCCAGUCAUGCGAUCGUAACAAGAACAGGAAGGUGACCCUGCGCGAGUGGACGACCUGCCUGGUGGAUCAGUCGGAGGACUGGUUCUACAAAUUCAUGUCUAUGAGAAUGGGUUCCCGCAAGCUGUGUCCCACGAUCAAAGAGAACUACCUCUGACAUGAUAAACGGCAACGAGCUCCUGCAUCUCUUUUGUAGUGUACAGAACUGACAUCAUCGCAGUUACCUGAUUUAACAGCUGCAGGGCUGCAUCUCUGCACUGCUCACUCAUCUGUUCCGCUGCUUGUGAUAUAGUGAUUUAUGACAUCAUCAAACCUGAAAGUCUGCUAGUUGUCUGCACAUUCAUACGGGACAAUUAAAUGUCUGGACGGAUGGACUGACUGCCAAUUAUGUUAAUUGUUAAUUACAUUUACUGACAUUUGUACAAUUGUGCUGUAAAAGAGCAGAGACAAUAGGCAAUACUGAAGCCAAAUUACAUGGCAUGAAAAAGCAAUUAGAAAGGAGGGUGACAGCAAUGCAGACUGUCGGCGUGAUGCAAAGAGAAAGACAAACUAGAUGGGAGACACAGAUAUGGGGAGAAGACACGCUUAGUGAGAUGACGUGACCAGAGAAGAGACAAAGAGAUAAUAAAGGGGGUGAAGGGGAGAAGUAGAGAAAAGUGUCAUAAUGCAAUGGAUGAGAGAGAGAUAGAGAGGGGGGGUGGGGGGAGAAAGAAGGGAGGCAAAGUGACUGAAGGAAGGAGAGAGAAGUACAAAGUGUGUUUGUGAAAGAUGGGAGGAGGUAAUGCACUGUAAAUGGGAGUUGAGAGUAAUGGAGUAAUGCAUAAAAAAUGGAUCAGAAAUGAGGGAAAGACUGAGAACGGAGAGUGAAGGGGGGGAAGGGACGGCUGAGAGAGCAGGAGGAGGAGGAGAGGAAUGAGGCAAGAAAGACGGUUGUCGAUGCUGAAAAACAUUUUCUUCGCAGCCUGUCUUGUAAAUAGCAUCUUUGAGCGUGAUGCGGAAUAUGAAACACUUGACCUCCAUCAAGGUCAGACAAACUUGCAUAAUGCAAGCUUGUCUGGACUUUCGUGUGUACGUUCCAUCUAUAAUACAUGCUGCUCUAAAAAC